UUAUGAUGGGGUUAUUAUCAUUAUUAUCAUUCUCUGAUUGCAAAGCAUACUACUGUGAUCUACACUAGAGCGUGUUUCCAGUCGGAAAUGUUUGGUGAGACACUGAUUUCUCAAGGGAGGAGUGAAGGUGGCAUGAUGGAUACGAUCUGCUUAACACGGUGCAUCAAUUGAAAUGCUUUUAACUUUAACUUUUAAAUGCCAAGUUUUUAUUAUUCGUUAGAAACUAAUUAUGGUGCCUCUGAAGCGAAGGAAAGUCUGUGGUGCUGUAUCUGGCAGGGAGACUACAGUCAAAUUUCCACAUGUAGUUAUAUAUUUAUUAGAACGAAAAAUGGGAGCAAGUCGGAGAGCCUUUCUUUCGCAACUAGGCCGGAAAAAUGGUUUUCGAGUAGAAGAUGAUUUUAGUGACAAUGUUACUCAUGUCAUAUCUGAAAACAACUCUGGGGAUGAGGCGAGGACGUGGCUGGACUUGCAGCAGAAAGGCAAUGUGACUGUAAAACUUCUGGACAUAUGCUGGUACACUGAGAGCAUGCGCCUAGGCUGCCCUGUUGAGAUACUGGACAAGCAUAAAUUACAGGAGGGGCAGAAAUUUCAAGAAGAGUCAGUGGAGUUUUCAGUGCCAGUGGAGUUUUCAGUGCCAAGCUAUGCCUGUCAGAGGCGAACCUCUUUGGAGAACCAUAACACGAACUUCACUGAUGCUUUGUCACUUUUGGCAGAAAAUGCAGAACUCAAUAAUGAGGAUGGCAGAGCUGUUGCAUUCCAACGAGCUGCUGCAGUUUUAAAGGCACUUCCUGUAAAAGUUACAUCCAUGACACAACUCCAAGGGCUGCCCUGUCUGGGACAGCACUCUCAGAGGGUCAUCAAGGACAUUAUUGAAAAUGGCGUAUCAAGUGAAGUGGAAUCAACUAUAAAUUCAGAGCGUUUCAAAGCUCUGAAGCUUUUAACUGGUAUUUUUGGAGUUGGGGCAAAGACUGCUGACCGAUGGUUUAGGGAGGGAAUUCAAAACCUCACACAGUUGGAAAAUUCAGGACAUGACCUUAAUCGUGCCCAACAAGCAGGUCUGGAACACUAUUAUGACCUCAACCAGCCAGUCACAAAGGCUGAGGCAGAGAUCAUUGGUGACAUUGUGAAGAAGGCAGUACAUGAUGUGUUACCAGGGUCUGAAAUCACCCUGACUGGCGGAUUUAGGAGAGGGAAGAUAUCAGGACAUGACGUUGACUUCUUGAUAACUCAUCCAGAUGAGGGAAAAGAAGUUGGACUUAUGGCUAAAGUGGUCUCCUGGUUAACAGCACAGGGUUUGUUGUUGUACCAGAAAACAACUAGAAACUCAUACCUGGAGAAUGAGGAAGGCCCUGCACAACCACCUUCAAAUAUAGACCGAUUUGAAAGGUGUUUAUCAAUUUUUAAGCUGGAGAAAAAGGAGAUGCAUUCAAUACGUUUACAUCCAGGAACACAGAGUAGCGACCGAGAACCAGCGAUCAUUGAACAUCUGCAACAUUUCCAAGCAAACAGUUUCUCAAAUUCACAAAUGAGGCCCAAUAGAACGUGGAGGGCUGUUAGAGUGGAUUUAGUGGUGUCCCCCAUAAGUCAAUUUGCCUUUGCUGUUUUAGGUUGGACGGGGUCUAAGUUGUUUGAGAGAGAAUUGCGCCGAUGGGCAGGUCAAGUAAAGUCCAUGUCUCUAAGUAGCCACGCUCUCUAUGACAGUAAACAGUGUAAAUAUCUCAGGGCUACAUCAGAAGAGGAAAUAUUUGCUCACCUUGGUCUGGAGUUUAUCCCACCAAAAGAAAGAAAUGCUUGAAUUUGUCACUAUUUCUGUAAUUAAUAAUGCACAUAUUGCCAAAUUAAAAUUACUGAAUAAAAUUAAGAUAUAACAUUAAA